CGGCGUUCAGGCCCGUCGCGGAAAGUCCCAGGGCUCCCGCAAAGUCGCUGCUCGCCGUCCACUCUCUUCUCGGCGUCCGAAAGUCCAUACCAUCUGCAUUCUCUACGUUGCCAUCAUGCGUGCCAGCUGUCUGUUCGCUGUUCUCUUCCUUCCUCUCCUGGCACUUGCGCAGUCUUCGAGCUCGCAGCAGCAGUCUUCGAGCUCGCAGCAGCAGUCCUCGAGCUCGCAACAACAGUCAUCGAGUUCUCAGCAGCAGUCCUCGGGCUCGCAGUCAUCCUCUCAAUCAGGAUCAUCACAGCAAUCAUCUACCGAGGAGGCCGCCUCGUAUUCAACGACCGUAUUUGUGACGACAGUCACCACAGUCAUCAAAACGACAUCCUACAAUAGCGGUCUUGUUGUUACGGGUGGAGAGACGCUCACGAGCUCCUUCCCUCGCGUAACGAGCUGGUCGACGACCGAGGUCAUUACGAGCACUCGCGUCAUCAACGAAGCAUCCACGACAAAGCACACGACUUCGACAUCGAGUCUGCCCGUCUCGACGGCACCAUCGAGCAUUUACGGUGGCGGCAAUGAGGCUCCGAAUGGCGCGCCAAGUCCUGGCGAGUCGGGCUCCAACGGCAUCUAUGGCCCAAAUGAGACAUAUGUCGCCGCUGCAAUAGCCCUACAGCCAUGGAUGCCCGCUCAUCCUUUCAUCGUGGUGGUGGCGGGGAUGGUUCUAGGGAGUGCCUACGUUUUGGCCUAGAUUUGAUGUGACUUGGACAUGACGAGGAUGUAUCGGCGCGAGGGCUUGAGUGCAAAUUUGGACGCUAUGGCACCAUUAUGGACAGACCCUUUAACGACUUUGCCCUGUGCAUACGUACG